AUGGCUCCAACGAGCUUGAUGGCCGACGCACACGGCCUCUUGUUGAAGACUCGCCAAGACGGCGGUUCAGCCUUGAAUGUGUUGCAGAACAACAAGGGCCAGCCGCUGGCUGGUACCAUCUUCAACGUCGCCCUCGCCUUGAUGUCCACGUCCGUUUUAUCGGCGCUAUUUACAAUGAGGGCCAACGCCAUCAAGACUUGGAAGAGACUCCCAUUUGUUGUCUGGAUCCUGUUCUUCAUCUACGUCGACUCGUACAUGUUUGUCUUGAGCUCGGCCAUCAUACAAUACGGCAUAGGCAUCAACAUAAACCUGGCUGCAUGCGACGCGGCCAUUAUCGUCUGCCUCGUAUUUUACGUCACGACCAAGGCCGUGUACUUGUUUCUAGUUGAGAAAGCAUACAUCAUACGCGGAACCAGAAAAGGACGUUUGCAAUCCAAGCUCUACCUGUUCAACUCGUUUGGCAUGAUGGGCAUAUACGUGGUGGUGGUUGUGCUCAACUUUGUCUUCCGGAUCAACCGCCUCGAGGAUGGCACCUGCAUAAUCGGCAUGAAGAAGAUCGCAAUGAUACCGCUCAUAUCAUUCGAUGCGCUCGUCAACGUCUACCUCACCUUCCUCUUCCUAAUCCCGCUGAUGAGAUUAUACUCGUUUCGAAACCCUUUGAGCAAGCCAGACAUGUACCGACCGACCGUGAAGCUGCGGACGGUUGCCGUGCGGACCUUUAUCGGCGCCUGCUGUACACUGGCAAGUAGUAUUGUCAAUUUGACGGUCCUUAUGGUCCUAAACGGUGAGCCGGGGUGGGUGUGUCUGAUGUGCUGCAACAGCGACAUCCUCUUCUCGGCAUUGGUUCUAUAUUGGAUAACUUCAAAGGAUAACAUCGCCUCCAACUCGAGUUCCAAGGAAGCAGUGAGGAACGAAUCGCACCCACUGUCAGCCCCGGAGCGCAGGAGCCACAGCAACAGCAACAGCAGUAACAACAAUAACAACAAUAACAACAGCAAUAAUAGUAAUAAUAGAGGUGCCAGCAAGCACGCUAGCGGGAGAUCCCAAGCCGGCGGCAGCUGCAUCCGCGGCUCGCGCCGUGACAGCGCCGAUAGCAGAGCCGCCUACGUCAGGCAGGGGAAUAUCCACUGCCCGUCCUGCGCAGUCAGCGUCGAUCCCGUGGUCGGGCUGCCAUCCACGAUGACGUCGCACUGCGGGAAGGACAUGGUUUUGCUGCUACCACCACACGCUCGACCACGACAACAGCAGCCUCAGCAGCAACAACAGCAGCGGUCAUCAGGAAGCGAUGGCAGCAGCACGGAGAAGCUUCACAGGAACGAGUCAGGGAGCGUGUCGACGUUUGGAGUCUGCGACAACCUCGACGGCUGCGUGGUUCAUGAUGUCGAGGAUAGCACUACGAGCUCCGCCGGCCGCGAAGGGACUGUAUACGAGUCGACCUCCAGCGGAGGGAUCUGGGCCAACGAUGCCAUAGAUGGAGUAGACGACCCUUGGAGCACGAGGCCUGGCGGUGACAAGAAAUCUGAUGAUAAGCGGGAUGACUACUGA